GGGCAGUUCGAGAAAUAAUUUUAGCGGGGCUCCGGGGGGAGCUUAUCUUAUCAGCAACCUCAGCUACAGCUACUGUACACACAUACUGUACAGUACAGGUAGCAGGCUGGGCAUGCUGUAUUUAAUUGGAUUAGUGAUUAGCGAUCAGCGAUUAGCGGGCAAAGGACAAAUGAAGGGCAAAGGGGAAGCACGCCAGAGGCACAGAUAGAUCCCCCCCCCGUACUGUACCUCAACUUACCGCCGUGGUGACGAAACGAACCUUGACCUUCUGCGUAGAAGGACCACCACGAGACGCGACGAGACACGGUACAAGGUGCAACGGCCAGGUCGCAAAUACCACAACUCACUCACUUCAAAUGUCUGUUGGCAACAUCUCAUGUACCGAAGGAAUUAAUGUUUAGAUAUCCUUGGGGCAUAGAACUCUCAUGAUCGUCUGAUCUACAAAGAAGAGUGUUUAUACGAGCACCAGCACGACCACGGAACUCAACCUUUUCAUCAUGGAUCGUGGCGGCGGAAACUCCAGUCCCAAGCGCCGGAAGCUCGACUUCAACCCUCUGCGCUCCGACGACCGUUAUGCGUCUCUCCCAAACAGGCCCUCGCGCCUAGCAGCCACUGCAAGCAAGAACGCUGCCGCGUCGCAUGGUUCUACACCCCGCCAGCGGGAAUUCGACACCCCCGAACCUUUCGUGCCCGAGGAUGACCAGGCCGCCCUGGAUCGGGACUGGUACCUAGGCGACGAGAAUGGGCACACCUUCGGCGACGAGUCCCAUGACCCAUUUGCCUCGUACGACACCACCUGGGUCGAGCAGCGAACCCGGGAGCAGGAGCUCGUAGAGAAGAAGGCCGGACAGAAACACCUAAACCACCGCCAGCUGCAGAGGCAGAAGGACAACGAUGCCUGGGAGACGAAUCGUAUGCUGACGUCUGGCGUGGCGCAGCGCCGCUUUGGGGACGAUUUCGAUGACGACGACGAGGGGACGCGCAUACAUUUGCUGGUACAUGAUCUCAAGCCACCGUUUCUGGAUGGAAGAACCGUCUUUACGAAGCAGCUGGAGCCUGUGCCUGCUGUCAGGGACUACCAAAGUGACAUGGCCGUCUUCAGUCGGAAGGGAAGCCGCGUCGUCAAAGAGAGAAGACAGCAGAGGGAGCGAACACGGCAGGCACAGGAAGCCACGAAUAUGGCCGGUACCAAACUGGGUAACAUCAUGGGCGUCAAGGAGGAUGAUGGGGACAGUGCAUUGCCAAUCGCCACCGAAGGAGAAGUAACGAAAAAUGCCGGUAACAAAUUCAGCGAGCAUAUGAAGAAGAAUGAAGGUGCAUCUGAUUUCAGUAAAAGCAAGACGUUAAGAGAACAGCGCGAAUUUCUCCCUGCUUUUGCAGUCCGAGAAGAUCUCAUGAGGGUCAUCCGGGACAAUCAGGUCGUCAUCGUCGUUGGAGAAACAGGUUCCGGGAAAACGACACAGCUCACGCAGUUUCUCUACGAAGAUGGGUAUGGGAGCCGUGGUCUGAUCGGAUGCACGCAGCCUCGAAGAGUGGCGGCAAUGAGUGUCGCCAAACGUGUUGCCGAGGAAAUGGAAGUAAAACUGGGCAGCACUGUGGGCUAUGCCAUUCGAUUCGAAGACUGUACCAGUCCAGAUACUGUCAUCAAGUACAUGACCGACGGUAUCCUGCUAAGAGAAUCCCUCAACGAGAUGGACUUGGAGCAAUAUUCUUGCGUCAUCAUGGAUGAAGCUCACGAGAGAGCGCUGAAUACCGAUGUCCUGAUGGGUCUAUUCAAGAAGAUCCUGCAACGCCGAACAGAUCUUAAACUGAUCGUUACUUCGGCCACCAUGAACUCAAAGAGAUUCUCCGAGUUCUUUGGUGGUGCACCAGAAUUCUUUAUUCCCGGUCGUACGUUCCCUGUCGAUGUCAUGUUCCAUGGCUCAUCGGUUGAAGAUUAUGUGGAUGCGGCCGUCCAACAGGCCCUGAGGAUACACGUAUCAAUGGGUGCAGGUGAUAUACUGAUUUUCAUGACUGGUCAAGAGGAUAUUGAAUGCACGUGCGAACUGCUAAGGGAGCGAUUGGACGCACUGAACGACCCCCCUAAGCUGAGCAUAUUGCCAAUUUACAGUCAGAUGCCAGCAGAUCUGCAGGCAAAGAUUUUCGAUCGGGCCGCGCCAGGCGUGCGAAAAUGUAUUGUUGCCACAAAUAUCGCCGAAACCAGUUUGACAGUUGACGGUAUCAUGUAUGUGGUGGACGCCGGCUACUCAAAACUCAAAGUUUACAAUCCCAGAAUGGGGAUGGAUACCUUGCAGGUCACCCCUAUUUCUCAGGCCAACGCGGGCCAGCGUGCUGGUCGUGCCGGCAGAACAGGACCCGGAAAGGCCUUCCGACUAUUCACAGAGAAAGCCUACAAGGAUGAGCUGUAUACUGCCACCAUUCCUGAAAUACAGAGGACAAACCUCAGCAACACAGUUUUGCUGAUCAAAUCUCUCGGCGUUCGGGACCUCCUUGACUUCCACUUUAUGGACCCCCCUCCACAAGAUGUCAUCACUACCUCGCUAUUCGACCUGUGGGCCCUAGGGGCGCUUGACAACAUUGGCGAGCUGACUGAUCUGGGAGCGAAGAUGAACGCUUUCCCCAUGGACCCACCAUUGGCCAAGCUGCUGAUUAUGUCCUUCGAGUAUGGAUGUAGCGAGGAAAUGGUGACCAUUGUUUCCAUGCUUUCUGUCCCCAACGUUUUCUUCCGCCCAAGAGAGCGGCAAGAGGAAUCCGAUGCGGCUCGAGAAAAGUUCUUCGUCCCCGAGUCUGACCAUUUGACCUAUCUCCACGUUUACUCACAAUGGAAGUCCAACGGUUAUUCAGACGGUUGGUGCACACGUCACUUCCUGCAUCCCAAAUCACUUCGCCGUGCCAAGGAGAUUCGUGACCAGUUGCUGGAGAUCAUGAAGAUGCAGAAGAUGGACAUGGUCUCGUGUGGUACUGACUGGGAUGUGAUUCGAAAAUGUAUUUGUUCCGGCUACUACCACCAAGCCGCCAAAGUAAAGGGUAUUGGCGAGUACAUCAACCUCAGGACAUCCGUCACCGUCCAGCUCCACCCGACCUCUGCACUCUAUGGUUUAGGCUUCCUUCCUGACUACGUAGUAUACCACGAGCUGAUCCUCACGAGCAAGGAGUACAUGUCCACUGUUACAUCCGUAGACCCUCAUUGGCUCGCUGAGCUGGGUGGCGUGUUCUAUUCGGUCAAGGAGAAGGGAUACUCGGCUAGAGAGAAGCGCGUCACCGAGACCGAGUUCAAUCGGAAGAUGGAGAUCGAGGCUCAGAUGGCCGUCGACAAACAGAGGGAGGAGGAGCGUAUCCGCGCCGAGGCAGAAACUGUACAUAAGAAGGUCAUACACGUGGCAAAGGAGGGGAAGAAGAUCGUCAGUAGCGGUGUGGUCAAGAAGCCCGUAGUCAAGAGGAAGGCGAGAGGCUUCUAGAUUUGGGGCCAUGUUUGUCAGAAGAUAACAACAGAAUUCGGCGCCAGAAACUCAUGUGACGAAGCCAGUCACAAAAGUUCACUACAAUUUUAGACCGCACGAACAACCGUUGUCUUUUAUCUUAUUCGAAUAGCCCCCAUUGAACCUUGUGUAUACUUCAUAGCUUGGAAUCCACCGCAAUAUCAGCCCUUGGGGAAGGUGUCAUGCCUGCCGAAUUACUAGGAGAAACAUAUUGUUGUAUCGUACAGCCACAUCCAACCUGCAGAUCACUACCUACAUGUAAGCCUGAUCUCGUCGUUUGAUGCUAUAAGCAUUUGGGCAUCAUCUCCCUUUUUAAGAUAUUUACCAGGGCAUCUAAGCAGUGAUUUGUUUCUAAACUGUAUGGAAAACGAC